AUGGUUGUAUAUUUCAAUAAUACCCUUCGGUAUGAUCCUCAAUAUACUACUGUUGAAGGAGUUGUCAAUUUAAUUCUUCGAAUGGAAAAUUAUCCAGCAAGAGGUACGGGAAUUUCCAAAUUAGUUGAUUUGGUACAUAAUCUACUGGGACCCAAUAUUCCUCCUACAGUCGUUUCAUAUGUUGUUGGCCUUCAAAAUAAUUUAUUUGGUUCAUAUCCUGGUACUGACGAAGUUGGUCCUAGUAUUCUAUUUACAGUAUUAUUUUUCAUUAUAACACUAAUGCAUUUGCUAUUAUUUGUCAUAAACUUUUCAAGAGGUCAUUUCUUUUGGGUUUCAAUUGGAUGGAUAUUUUAUGGAUUAAUGAGAACUGUUGGCUUUGCGUUAAGGGCAGUAUGGGCAAGUGAUGUUACAUUAAUUGCUAUCGGUUUGACUAGUGAGGUUUUAUGUAUUGUUCCUUCCAUCAUUAUUGUAUCAUUGAACUUAAUUUUGGCCCAAAGAUUAUUCACAUGGAGACAUCCAGUUGGUGGUUCUAGAAAGCUUUUCUGGGGAUUCAUGUUAACUACUUAUGCUGUUGUCAUUUUGUUAAUCGGAGUGGUCAUUUUUGGUUCUUUCAUUCCGUAUUUAUAUUUUUUGAAUCAAAGUGCUUAUGAUUCUUAUCGAGUUGCCGUCAAAUCAAUUUCUAUCUUAGUCAUUGCCUACAGUUUAACUUCUAUUGCUUUGAUUGGAUUAUCAUUCUGGCUUCCAACAUCUAAAGAUGAAAAUUUGUAUACUUACCAACCAUGGUGGAUUGAAAGUUUCAGUCCAUUUUAUUUUGUACAACCAGGAGCUGCACAAAGAGCAGAAGAAACUUUUAUGAAAAGAAAUCAUAAUCAUAGGCAUGCAAUCAGAGUUAUUGCGGCAACUCACCACCAUUAUAAGAUGGUUAAAGGUUUGAGUAAUGAAAGAGGUGACUUGAAACAUAACAUUUCUUUAUUAAUUAUUAUCAUAUCUACGGUAUUAAUCUUUAUCGGUGCUGUUGGAAGAUGUGUUGUUACAUUCCAAUAUAGCUUUAAUAGGAAUGCAUCACCAGCUGCCAGUAAGGCAUUUAUGUAUAUAUGUUGGGGUGCUUUUGAAGUCAUUAUCAAUAUAUUAUAUAUUAUUGGUAGAGUUGAUCUUAGAUUCUACAGACCUGACAUAUUACCCCGGAAAGUCAGAUCAAUUAUUACAGCCGAACAAUCAUAUUAUCCAUCUGAUUAUGAGGAAGAUGAAGAAUCGAUUGAAAAGGAAGGUUCAGAUCACAAUCGUUAUGACAGUUAUCACCCUCGUGAAUCAGCUAAUGGUUAUGAAGAUGCAGAUGACGAAUCACACGAUAAUGGACAUUGGAAUUUCGUCGAUGUUGACGUGGAUGGAAGUUCAAUAUCUAGUCCAUUACCUAGGGCUCCAUACCCUCAUAAAGAAAAGGGCAGAAUGAGUAAUGAUAACGACUCUGAAUUUAACUUUUAG